UCCCUUGCUAGUCGAUUACUCUGUUUGAUCUGUUAUGUUUGGUUUGCUGCUGGGCAGCUCUCUCUGAGUAACUCUUUCGUAAUCUAGUUUCUUUCUUAAUCCGAUGAAUAAAAUAAAAACUAUACCUGACAUAUAAGGUGGACCGUCGAAUUCAGGGCUUCACUGGCACAGAUAGUAACAAUAUUUUCUUACGGUAACAAAAUUUUGAUGCAGAUUAUAACAAGAUUUUUCAAAAUGAAAAACAACUCGCACACAGACCAGUAAUUAAUAAUAAUUGAAUAAUUAGGGGUCGGAGCUAUUUAUCCAUUGAAGCAGCUGCGCUUACUCUCGAGUGUGUGUAUAUCAGGGCUUGGAUUCACAGUUUAAAUGAUGUUGUCGUUUUCUGUAGCCAGUUAUCAUGUGGGUUACAGCCCUGGAAUGCCAUCAGUUUGGAGCUACUCCUCACAAGGUUUAACUGGAGUUAGGAACAUUUGCAAACCAGAGCGCACCAUCGAUUCUAUUCGAGAGCUUGCAGAUGGGAGCCUGAUGUUUGCUUUCGGAGAAUCUCAACCAUCAGGAAGUUUAAGAGCAUUUCAUCCACCAAAAAAUGCAAAGAAAGCAAAUAACUCUUCCUCAUCACAUGUGGAACAGAUAACAGCAGGGAAGAACACUUUUCUAAAAAGAACAUCCUCAAAUCUAGAAAUGCAGUCAUUGAUUCCAAUUUCUGCAGAAAAAACAAGAAAUUCUAUAAGAAAUCAAAGAGAGCAGGAUGUUGAUUCUGAUGUGGUUUGGGAUAAUUUUGGUUCGGACAAGGUCAAUGGAAAAACUCACAAUGUGAACCACAGCAAAAGAGUUGGUCAGUCUAUUAAGAGAUCAUCUCAAGCAUAUGGAAAGGGUUCAGUUCCAAAGAAUGGAGACAGCCCUGCACUUAAUGAAGUAUCUGUUGAUAGUGAGAUUGUUGAUCUCUUUAAACGGCUUCUAUCUUCUAUUAAAAAGAAAAAUCCACAAAAUAAGGAGAAAAGUUAUAAUCAUUUUUCAAAUUCCAAAUUUGAAAAUCGAGACCAUCCUACCAGAAGUGUACUGGAUCAAUAUAAUGAGAAAACUAAAGAGGAGUUUAAGGAAGAUGCAAGCAGAAGACAUUAUAAUCAUUUUCCAAACUCUAAAUUUGAAAAACGUGACCAUCCUACCAGAAGUGUAUGGCAUCAAUAUAAUGGGAAAACUAAAGAGGAGUCUAAGGAGGAUGCAAGCAGAAGACAAUCUUCAAUGGAAGAAAAAGUGCCUGCGAGAAAAAAAAAUUUAAAAAGAGGCCCACAAAUGACAAAAUAUGAAAAGAAAACAAAAACCAUGGACAAGUCUCUCUCUGAAGCAUUUCUUUUGUCAAGGCCUCCAUCAAAUUUUGUUCGCAGAUCACCAAUUCCUUUAUCGGCAAUCAAGCAAGAUGUCCGUUCAGUUCCUGGAAUGGAGGAGUCAAAAUUUUCAUUUUCUGAAAAAAAAUCAACUGGGCAAGGCAUCUUAUUACAAGAUUCAGAGGAAAUGCCCACAUCUGCGGAGAAUGAUUCUUUUCUUAGGGAUUCACCAUGUUUAUCAGAAGACAAGCUGAAUGAUUCAAGAGAACUCAAGCUGGUAGACUUGAAAAUAGAUGGUAGCAAAUUAAGAGAUUUGGAAGGAACACCGACGCCUUCCGAGAAUGGUUCUGUUUGUAGGGUUUUGCCAAGUUUAUCAAAAGACAAACCCUAUGAUUUAAGUGAACUCAAACAUGUGGAGCUGAAAAAAAUUGCUAAAUCCCAUGGUUUGAAAGGUUACUCAAAGCUCAAGAAAGAAGAGAUACUAGAACUACUCAGAAAUGCAGUGAGGCAAUCUUAAUACACAAAUGGUGUGGUGACAUAAUGCAAUCCAUCACAAUUUCCAAGUAGCUUGAUUCCAAGUUUCCAAAGGCAUAAAUUUCACUUUAAUUUUUGAGUUCGUUGGCAUCAGGUGUUUUUUGUUCCAUAUCUGUAAAAAUUGGCAUUUCAAGAGAGAAGCCUCCUGUAAAAAGUAGGAUAAACUUCAGUUGCUGCAUAGAAUGUCCAAAUUAUGUUUUGUUAUUUACUUUUCCUGUGAGAAGGCUCGAAGCUCUUUUGUAACUUGUUUUCUUUUCUCGCAUGAUUUUGGUUGUGAUAUUCAUAAAAUAUCUAAAUUUUUGCAGUAAAUAUUAUUUUGCCUUCUAUUGAGAAGAAAGGGUCAAGUGUCUAAGAGGUUAAUGACCCUACAAGUACAACAAGUUCAUGGCAGUAAAAGGUUAACUAUAAUAGCGGAUUGUAAUUCUGUUUAUGUACAACUUGAUUAAUAAAAUGCUAAUAUAAUAGCAAAAUCACAGGUUGAAUGUUA